GCCACCACUUGCAGCGGGAUUAUGGCCAAACAGUCACAUCUAAUCUUCGCUCCAAUACGGCUCUCCGGCAGUUACGAGUGUCUUUCAGUCCUGGGACGUUGUCGAGGGAAGUAGCCACACCGGAAGAGAUCCCAUCCUCACACUGCUCGCCGCUGCAAUAGCCAGAGGAUGCAUGGGGAACUGGUGAAACCACGAAGUCAGCCACAGAUCAUGGCUGCAGUGCCACCAGCAGACGCAGACAAGAACAAGGUAGAUAGCUUGUCAUACGACGAGACGGAGCCACUCCUCCGCCGCGACAAACACCAGCAGCAGGGAUUGGGCUACUAUCACAAUGUACCAGAAGUCGCCAUCCAUUUCAACCCCCCGUCUUCAGCUCCUGGUCCACAGUUCGAAUCCCACAAAUGGCAGCCGAGUCUGAAGAAAGAAGAGCAGAAAGUCGAAGGAGCGAAUUGGUUCGGUAUCUUCUUAGCCUUCUUGUCAGGGGCGUUCUUUACGUUAAGUUCUGCAGGUGUCAAGGGGUUGAAGGGCGUGGACCCCAUGGAGCUACUGGUCCUGCGGUCGAUACUGCAGGUAUCUGCAAUGUUGCCCAUAGCGCUUAACAAGAGAGAGAACAUCUUGGGUCCGAAGGGGCAGCGCGGACUCCUGCAGCUCCAGGGUAUCGUCGGAGGCUCGACGCUGGUUCUCUUGUUUUUCACGUUCCGACGCCUUCCGCUAGGGGACGCCACCACCAUCAUCUUCAGUUCCCCCGUGUUUGUCAUGAUCAUGUCUUUCCUGUUCCUGCGGGAGCCGUGUGGCUUCUUCAGGACGCUGAUAGUGUGCCUGCUGCUCACUGGCGUCGUCCUCAUUUCCAAGCCACCGUUCAUCUUCCAGACAUUCGCCCAGCAUUACGACGUCUUCGGCUACCUCAGCGCCCUGGGAGCGACGCUCUUCAUGGCGCUCAACAUCGUCGUCAUGCGCAAGUGUAAGGACGUCCACUUCGCCAUCGUGGUCCUACACCUGUCAUUGUGGUCCCUCGUCGUGUCCGUUGCAGUGUUGCUAGGCUUGCGGCAACACCACCACCAGCAGCUUUUCAGUGUGCCUCAUGGGUUCCAUGACUGGGGUCUCGCGGUAGUGGUCAGCGCGCUGGGACUCUCGGGGCAGGUUCUGGUGGCCAAGGCGCUGGGAAAGGAGGGAGCAGGCCGCGUGGCCGUGACACGCUCCCUGGAUAUUGUGCUGGCCUUCAUUCUGCAGGAGGGAAAGAGCAGUAGAUUAUCAUUGCAAGUUCUUCAGCCAGCAGCUGGUGAUAAAGAAAAUCUUGUUGGUGGAGGCAGGCAAUCGGUUACAAAUAUGAAAAUUGGUGUGAAAGUAGGGGAUGAAUGCGAAAAAAGUAACGCAGUCAAGGAAAAGAUUAUAGAAUAUACAGUGACGAAGGGGAAUUUGAAGAAGAAGAAGAAAGUGAUGCACAGAUCAACCCAAACUGAUAAGGAAGAGUACAAACCAAAGAUUGACAUAGCAGACCUCACAUCAAAUGAACCACCAAGUGAAAAUUACUGGCAGUUACUGGCAGAGAAAAGGAGAAUUGCACUUGAUGAGUGCCUCCAGGAAAACAGAACACUGCAUGAGAGAUUACAGCUGCUCGAGGAGGAAAAACGAGUUACCGAACAGAUGUUAGAAGAAAGCAGGGAUCUGGUAGAAAUUCUGAAAGAAAUAGUUGCUGGUGAAGACCAAGAAGCUCAGAAUGACUCUGAAGCCGAAUCCUCUUCAUAAUUAAUUCAUCAUGCUUUCCUGACUUGAUUAUGGCCAUGUUGCAAAGCAACUGGUGGGCUUUUGUUUGUGCUGUGUUUCAUACCUGUUAUUGAUGUAUCUUAAAUUUUGACGUAGUAACGUUUUUCACUGUGACCUUCCAGUAAAUGAUUCUGACAUUGUCUGUAAUUAUUAAUUGCGUAAAAUGAUUGAUUUUAUAAGAGAAAAAAUAAAAAUAGAAUGUUAUGAGGUGACCAUGUUUUCAGACAUAUCAGUGUUGCACGCUAAAUUCCAUUACAGAAGUUGUUUGGUAUGGUUAUUCUUUGUAUUAAAAAUGAAAAUAAAUCAUUAAAAGAUCUUA